CUUGGAAAUCCCGUGGUAUCGCUCUUUGCCCACACUCAACAGAAAUCAACUGGGACCGCCAAACAAGUCCAAAUGGAGCGAUUCUAACACCCCGCCACCUGAAGUGAACCAUGUGCUGAUCCGUCCUCGAUCUGCUCGUGAAUAUUUGCUCUGUGCGUCACGAGGGCGCGUUUUGACCACCUGCAGAAAUAAAGAGUCAACAAUGGCGACUCCCAGUCCCAGCACCAACUCUCCAGCCUGUGGCAGCGCCAUGGGCCCGUCCGGACCCGCGCUGCGCCACCAAACGCAGACGCAGCACUUCACAGCGGCGAGCAGCAUGCAGGAAUCCAACACAUGCUGGAGGUGUCAGAAUGAAACAGGGUUUCAGAUAAAUCUGUCUGGUGUGCCCCAGAGUAAGCGCAAAGCCCUGAAGUUAAACUUUGCUAACCCUCCAGUCAAACCAAAUGCCAGGCUGCCUGUGUCUUCUGGAACCCCAUCUUUCCAGAACCCACACAUAGAGAGACUGCGCACUCAGAGCAUCGAGUCGUGUGGGAAGCUGAAGAUUUCUCCUGAGCAGCACUGGGAUUUCACUGCAGAAGACCUGAAGGACCUUGGUGAGAUCGGCAGGGGAGCCUACGGCUCUGUCAACAAGAUGGUUCAUAAACCCAGUGGCCAGAUUAUGGCUGUCAAGAGGAUUCGCUCCACCGUUGAUGAGAAGGAACAGAAGCAGCUGCUGAUGGACUUGGAUGUGGUGAUGAGAAGUAGCGACUGCCCAUAUAUCGUCCAGUUUUACGGGGCCCUGUUCCGAGAGGGUGACUGUUGGAUAUGUAUGGAACUUAUGUCUACCUCGUUCGACAAAUUCUACAAAUAUGUAUAUUGCUCAUUAGAUGAUGUCAUUCCAGAGGAAAUAUUAGGCAAAAUUACAUUAGCGACUGUGAAAGCACUGAAUCACUUGAAAGAAAACUUGAAAAUAAUUCACAGAGACAUCAAACCCUCUAACAUUCUCCUGGAUCGAAAUGGCAACAUAAAGCUGUGUGACUUUGGUAUCAGUGGGCAGCUGGUGGACUCCAUAGCCAAGACUAGAGAUGCUGGCUGCAGGCCUUACAUGGCUCCUGAAAGGAUAGACCCCAGUGCUUCCCGACAAGGAUACGAUGUGCGCUCGGAUGUGUGGAGUUUGGGAAUCACUCUGUACGAGCUGGCCACAGGACGUUUCCCGUACCCGAAAUGGAACAGCGUGUUUGACCAGCUGACCCAGGUAGUAAAGGGAGACCCUCCGCAACUUAGCAAUUCAGAGGAGAGGCAGUUUUCUCCCAAAUUCAUCAACUUUGUCAACCUAUGCCUUACAAAGGAUGAGUCGAAAAGGCCAAAAUACAGGGAGCUUCUGAAACACCCCUUCAUUCUAAUGUACGAGGAGCGAGUCGUGGAUGUCGCCAGCUACGUGUGUAAGAUCCUGGACGAGAUCCCGGCAUCCCCCAGCUCCCCAAUGUACGUCGACUGAUUCUGCCUGGGCCCCAUGCGGCACGGCUCUGCACCCCUGCUCCAACACUGCUUUUAAAAAGUGACACUCGAAACCCCAAAACAUGUUGUGCAAUAAGGAUCCGCUUUCAUCUUAAAAAAGAAAUCCAUUUGCUAUAUCGGUCAGCAGAACCAAGAUAGUUCAGAUUAGAGCCUAAUAGAUUGUCUGAUGUGUCGUAUGCCACACGAUGCCACGCGAUGCCAUUCUAGCUGAGCUUGUUUCCAGAAUUGGACCACACAACUUGGAACACCCUUAUUCAGUUCGCAGAUCAUGAAAGCAAUGUUUGUCUCUGUGUUCAUGGGAAUAAAAAAUAAUAACUAAAUUGUGUAUAUAUAUAUCUACUUGAAAGUAAUAUAAGCGAUAUAAAACUUACCAAAAGAAAAAGUCACAAUGAUACACAAAUGGACAGAAAAUGACUACCGUUUCCUGUAACAUAUAUAAUUUCUAUAAUGGGUCGUGUCAUUUAGGUCAAUAUUUGUACAGGUAAAGCACAUUUUUAGUUUGUAAAAUAACUUCGUAUGCAGAAGUAUUGUUCUACUUCAGAGACUCUUGAAAGGAUGGUUGGAGAUUUUCCUGUAGACCUUCUGCUCCACAUCCUUGGAGUUCUGGCUGUUUGGAGUCCCUCCAGUCUGAAAUUCCAACAUUCUUCAAUUCCGUUUCUACGACGCUGAAGUCUGUGCAUGCCGCACCUUGGACUGGUGUGGGAAAGACGCGUAGGAUGCUCAAGCAGAAGAUUUCCAAGAAAGUGAAACAUUAAGUCUAGUUUAAAGAAAAUCUUAAGUUAUCCUUUUUAAGUAGCUUUAUUUCAUGAAUAUGCAAUUCUAACCCACCAAAUCGUGUUCACUGCAUUUAAGAAAAAUCUCCGGUGUAGUGAACACUUGAAUAAAAACUUCAGGACACUUUGACACAAUUGUAACUGUAUGUAUAACUUUGUCAAGCCAUGAUUGCUCAGCAACGCCCCCCGUGGUUCUCCGUUGCAGAAGCUGCCGUUCAUUUUGCCUCAGUAAUUUUUAUUGGCAUGUGACGAAGCACGGCACUUUGACUUGGGGGAGGGAGGUAAAGGACGUUCAGAUGUCUUUGUUUGGCUUGCAUACUACACUUCGCCUAAGCACUAUUGUUUGGUAAAUGAUUUGAAAAAACCAACUAUAUGCCACCAGAGAGCAUUGAAAUACUGCUGAACUCAGUAGUCUCCGUAGUGUGAAAAGACAUUUAUCUGGCCAAAAUAUAAGAGAACUUGGACUGAAUGGUUAACUAGAUAUCCUUUUUAAAAUAGGGGCAGCAUAAUUCAAUUUUAGCCAUUUUAAAAGCUUUCCAAAAAGUGAGCAUUGUACAAAAUGACAAAUUAGUAGCAGCCAUUAGUAUUAGAAGGCAUAGGUGUAGGGUUUUGGGUGGGGGUGGUUGGUGGGUGACGUAUCUCCCCCUAUACUUUCUGCUUACAUUACUCAUAUAAUGUUUUUGGUUGGGUGGUGUGAGCAGUGUAAACCCCCACCAAAGGAAACCUAGGCCACUGUUGGAAGGGAAAAAAGGCUCAAUAUAUGUUUGAAAUCAACAUGUAUCAUUAUACUGUAUCACUAUCAAGUGGGAAAUAUGUUCAAAAAAUGUUCACACUGUGAAAAUAUUUGAAGUGUAUGUUGUGAACGCAGAUAUCUGUAAAAAACACCAUAGUAAUGAGAUGCUGUGCAGAGAUAUCGCCUUAUGUCUGGUUUGGAUGUGCUUAACCUGAUGACUCUGGGCUGCGUUUUGCUCACUUCAUGUAUUUAAGGAAUUUCCUGAAAUCUUUAGUGUUCACAUAGUAUCAGUAAGAUCUAAGUGUCUGCAGGUCAGUCGUGAAGGUUCGGAUGUGACUGUGAGCUUAUUGUCCUGUUUCUCUGUAAGGUCUGGAGUCAGACGAGCACAGUGCUAGAAUAAAUCCAGUGAAUUAGCCUC